ACUUUGAUCUGUGGGUUCCGUAUGCUCAAGAUCUUCAUUCGAGUUCAUACUCGGUAGGUCUUUGAGGAUGGUGUUUUUAAAUCCUAUCUUUGAAUUGCGAAGACGGAAAUCGGAAAUGGGUUGCUUACAUGUGGAUGGCCCCUGAAUGCAAGAUAUCGGGGUCGGAGAUAUCGGAUUUGUACUCUUACUGUCCUCAAGCAUGCUGCAUCCCCGAACAUGGAUGAUCCAAUGGAUGUAAAUGGAUGCAUCUUGCCGGGAUGGUGGACUGUCAGAACUUCGUCUCAUGUUCAGCAGUUGGUGAGCGCAGCAGUUUGCAUCACAGUGUGUCUGGUAUAAGAAGUCUUGGCUUCUGGGAACUGGCGAGAACCUUGAUCUUUCUUCUCUAUUUUGCAAACCUUCUAUUCGCCAUUUUUAGUUGAAUUCGGGUGUUCGCUUACUCUUUAAACUUUUUGUUUGGGAAUUAAAGUUUGGAUCUUCUCAUCAUUACAAGUACAGUACUGCAUUCAUACUGGUAGUGGGCCGUGCUAGACCUUUGUCACUUUCGUCUUGGCUGUGCAUGUCCUUGUCACUGGAAAGCUAAAAUCUGAAAGUUGGAAUUGGCACGGAAUCUACAAUUGCAGGUCGCGACUCGAUACUUGCAUGUUGGUGUACAUUCAAGUGCUUGGUACUGCCACACUCUUCCACCCGCAUUGUAGUGCAUUGUGUUCGUCAUCAUCGCCUCCUGCGCAGCCGCUCUUUACCAUUUCCACUCUCAUCUCACUUGCAAUAUAUCCUUAUAUAGAUAGGUACCGGUAUCCUGAGCGUAAGCUACAGCUGCCUACCAGCGGACGACGAAGGAUUUCCGUACCAACGUGGAGAAACUCGGUCGCAACUUCCAGGCUGGCCCCGUCCCAAUAAUUCCAACUCACGGUCCCAUUUAUACCCGACACCUCCAACUGCACCUGCGUUUGCUCCGACCACUCACUGCACUCGACUGGCUGCAAAGUAAUGGGACUGGUACUUCAGGAUCUGCGCCACUACCGCUGCCGCUGCUCUGUCAAUCCCCACUUGACUACCUCAUUACCCCAAAACCUGCACUCCUUCGCUUUGCCUUCUUUUGUUUCUCGUCUCCUUCGCAUCUACCUAAUUUAAUUCUUUUUGUCUCCUGUCUCCUGUCUGCUUUCUUCACUUGACGACUUCAUCUUAUCGUACCCUACGAUCUCCUACCUCGUCGUGGUCACCACACUCUCUGUGCCAACAUCUCCUAACCUCUACUUUCCCACCCACAACCAUGGCGAAACUCGCCACCACAACCUUGCUUCUAUCCUCCAUCCUCUCCUCCGUGCUCGCCAACACCCUCCAGCUGAAUAUUGCUCGAAAUGAAGCUGCAAAGGAAGAACAAUUAAUUCGCCGUCAAAUCUACAACCGCGAUCUCCAACGUCUGAAAGCUCGUGCGGGAACGGUAACCGCCGAUCUAGGAAAUGCGGCGCAGGCUGGGUUGUACUUUGCCAAUAUCUCGGUGGGAACGCCGGGUCAAACGUUGAUGGUUCAGAUUGAUACCGGGAGUUCUGAUGUCUGGGUACCAAGCAAUACCAACUCUUUUUGCUCGGCUUCCCGUUCGCAAGGUGGUGGAUGUGAUGGAGGAACUUGUAUGUUUAUUUACUUUUCCCUCGAUUCGCAAGCAUAUACUAACAUUAAAAGUCAAUCCACAAUCUUCCUCUUCCUUCCUAGUUGUAGGCCAAAACGAGUUUAAUAUCUCUUAUGUCGACCAGACAGGUGUGACGGGUGAUUACUUUCAGGAUACCUUUUCGAUUGGAGGAGCUACCAUUCAACAAUUUCAGAUGGGUUUGGCUAGACAGGGUACAAUUGGAACUGGAAUCUUGGGCAUUGGUUAUAAUACCUCAGAGGCAAAUGUGGAUUCAGGAAACGGAACGAUUUAUGCCAAUUUGCCUUAUGCUCUCGUUGAUCAGGGAAUUAUCAAUUCAGAAGCUUACAGUUUGUGGUUGAAUGAUCUUGGUAUGUUGGAAUUUAAGAUGUUUUGGCAUUUGAGCUAACAUGUUUCCAGAAUCUAGCACCGGCUCGGUUCUCUUUGGUGGUAUUGACAAGACCAAGUAUCAGGGCGAUCUCGUGUCUAUCAAUGUUUAUGCUGGUAGAAGAAGUCGACAAGUUACUUCAUUUACCGUCGCCUUGACCUCGGUUUCAGCAACUAGUACUUCCGGGACCGACAUGCUCACACCAUCCAAUUAUGCAGCUGCUGUCAUUCUAGAUUCGGGAACUACCAUCACCCUUCUCCCAGAUGAACUUGCAGCCUCGAUAUUUCAAGAACUUGGAGCCACUGUCAACCAAAGACUUGGAGCUGUCAUCGUUCCCUGUGCUCUCGCUCAAAAACAAGGUACUAUCAACUACGGAUUUGGUGGACCAGGUGGACCAGUCAUCAAAGUCUCCGUUUCCGAACUCGUUCUACCAUUAACUCUCACUAAUGGCCAAACACCAAAAUAUACCAACGGACAGGCAGCUUGUCAAUUGGGUAUUCAAGCAGCUGGAAACCUUCCCAUCUUACUCGGGGACACCUUUCUGAGAUCUGCAUACGUCGUCUACGAUCUGAUCAACAACCGCAUCGCCCUCGGCCAAACAAAUUUCAACGUCACCAACUCAGACAUCGUCCCCUUCCCCAGUUCCGGUGCACCCAUCCCCUCCGCCUCUGCCGCUCCCAAUGAAGCGGUAGUCACACAAACAGCCACGGGAAUACCCAGAGCCACUGCCAACCCCACCCGAGAAGGUGGUGACGAAACCGCCACUUAUAACCCCACCGCCACGGGUUUGGCGGCCGCUAGUGGGUUCGCAGCGACCAGCACGGGGAAGAAGAGUGCGGGAUCUCCUGGUCCGGAACCGUUUGCUUGGUCGAGAGUUAUUGUUGGGGUUGUUAGUCUGGCUAUGGUGGGACUUGGGGGUGGAUUGUUUAGUUUACUUUGAGUUUGAAUUUGAUGGCAUUUGCAUAUUUUGUUAUUGCUGAUUGAGAUUGAGAUGGCGUUCAAACGGGAAAUACCUGGGGAUUUUUUUUUGAUGUGUAUUGUAGAGUUGUUGUGUAUAAAGCUAAGCGACGCAAAGCAUUGGAGAGUUUGGGUGUUCAUGGGGUUUAUGG